AUUCAUUCCCAUUAUCUUUACAGAGAGAGAGACAGGGGAGGAGAGAGUGAAUGGUGUCAGCUUCUAAGGUGAAUCAUACGCAAAAGCCAUCUUGGUAAAGGAUUAGGCCUUGUCCUUGGAGGGAUGGACCUUAAUGCUCUCAAUUGGAAGCAGCCCUAGCCUCUGUCCGGCCGAUCAUUCCGCUGGCAUCUCGCAUUCACGACCCCGUUUGACUGCCGCUCGGGGAAAAGACCUUUGAAACCUAAGAAACAUAGAUAGGCUCAACUCUCAACUACGGAACAAACACCGAAACUUUACGACAGCGAGGAGAGAGUGAGGGGGAGAGCGAGGUUUUAUUCUCAUUCUCAUAUGCUCUUAGCCCUCUACCACCCCCACCUUCAUUUAUCCUAACCCAGCUACCUCAAUCUCCAUUUUUCGAACACAGGUUGGAUUACUUAUCACAAUGUGAGAUAGAUUUUGUUAAAAUGUGCUGAAAGCGGAUUGGAUUGACUUGGACAGCUUAAGGCAUGGGGAGAGAACUGGUCUAGGAAGCCUAGAUAAUAUUGCAUUAUGUGAACAGGAUGCGCCAUCCCAUACGGUAAGCACUGGUGAGAGGGAAAGAAAGCUCCUGCCUUUUGCCAGCUCUAGACUCUCUUUCCCAUCGAAGAGAAAGACAAUGGCUAGGGAUUCUUGGCCGUACUUCGAUCCUGAGUAUGAGACGCUGAGUAUCAGAAUAAACCCUCCACAUAACUACUCGUCUUUCACGGUUUCUGUGGACAAUUCUAGUUGCAAAAACUGUACUCUUGUCAAGGUUGACAGCAUGAACAAGCCAGGGAUACUGCUGGAAGUGGUGCAAAUUCUUAGUGACCUUGAUCUCAUAAUUACCAAAGCUUACAUCUCCUCAGAUGGUGGUUGGUUUAUGGAUGUUUUCCAUGUCACUGAUCAACAUGGGCAUAAGAUUAGCGACAGAAGGACCAUUGAUUACAUAGAGAAGGCUUUAGGACCCAAAAGCUACACGUCAGACAUGUUGAAGUCUUUGCCUGGGAAGCGAGUGGGGGUGAACAAUAUAGGUGAUUAUACGGCCAUCGAGCUUAUUGGCAGGGACCGCCCUGGUCUCUUGUCGGAGAUUUUUGCUGUACUUUCUGAUCUCCACAUCAAUGUUGUUGCUGCCGAAGUUUGGACUCACAACAGGCGGAUAGCAUGCAUCCUUUAUGUUAAUGAUGAUUCUACUAUCCAUAAUAUGAAUGAUGCAUCUCGACUAUCUUCUCUCGAGGAGCAACUGAAAAACAUUCUUUGUGGGUGUGGAGAUGAUGAGACAGUGGCUCAUACGAGUUUUUCUGUGGGUUCUACCCAUGUUGAUAGACGACUCCAUCAAUUGUUGUUUGCUGAUAGGGAUUAUGAAGGUAAUUGUUUGGAAACUGAACCGGAUUAUUCUCCUUCAUUCAAACCAAAUAUCACAAUUGAUCGAUGCGAGGAAAAGAGGUACUUGGUGGUCAAUGUAAGGUCCAAAGAUAGACCGAAGCUCAUGUUUGACAUCGUAUGCACCCUUACAGAUAUGCAGUAUGUUGUUUUUCAUGCUACGAUCUCAUCAGAUGGCCCCUAUGCCUUGCAGGAAUAUUAUAUACGACGUAUGGACGGUUGCACUGUAGACGUUGAAGGAGAAAGAGAGAAGGCAGUCAAAUGCCUUGAAGCUGCAAUUCGGCGAAGAGUAAGUGAGGGUCUGAGCUUGGAGCUAUGCGCAAAGGAUCGAGUAGGGCUGCUUUCUGAUGUAACAAGAGUUCUUCGAGAAAAUGGGUUGUCAGUGAUGAGAGCUGGUAUUACAACUGUUGGGGAUCAAGCGAUACAUGUGUUCUACGUGAGUGAUGCUGCUGGGAAUCCUGUAGAUAUGAAGAAUAUUGAAGGAUUACGCCAAGAAAUUGGACACAAGAUGAUGCUUAAUGUGAAGAAAGUCCCGACAAAUACGAAAUCCCUUGAAUCGAGUGGAUGGGACAAGACGAGCUUUUUCUUUGGAAGUUUGUUGGAGAAGUUUCGUUCUUGAAAAUGACUGCCCUUUGCUGAGUAUGCAGAAUGCAUGCAUUAGCGGUUUCCCUUUCAAUCCUACGAAAUGCUGUCUUAAGGUUUGAACUUUUAUGCAAGGCAGCAAGUUUAUAUGGCAAAUCACUGCCAAAAAUUGAUAAUAAAUGAUACAUUGAAAUAAAUAAAGAUGUAGAUGAACUCCCACCCCAAACCCCAAGUUCUUGACUGUUUUCAAUUAAUUUGAAAUGUGACUAUUACAGUGAUAUUUGAGGGAUUGGAUAACGCAAAAUUGCCUGAA